AUGGGGCGGCGCCGCCGGUUCGCGCAGCUGGACGACGACGACGAAGAAGAAGACGUGCCCAUCAAGUUCAAGCCCUCGGGUGGCGCCUCCUCCUCGGGCGCCAACCCCAGGAAGCCCCAGCCGCAGCCGCAGCAGCGCCGCCGACUCGCCGCUGACGACGACGAGGAGGAGGAGGAGGUGGAACUCGAGGAGGAGGAAGACGACGAGAAGGAUCUCGAGGCGAUGCGACGGGCCGAGGAGGAGGAGCGCCGCGAGCAGGAGGCCGAGACGAAGACCCGCCGCCGCCGGGGACGGCCCAAGCGCCGCCGCGACCCGGAGAGCGAGGAGGAGGAACCCGAGGAGGUGGAGCCGCAAGAGGAGGAGCCCCGUGAGGAGGAGAACACGGAGGCGGUGCCCGUAGCUGUUGGGGACCCGGUCAAGAUCACCGGUAAGGGGAGGAAGCAGAAGAAGCACUACUCUUCCUUCGAGUACGAGGGCAACACCUUCGAGCUGGAGGACCCCGUGCUGCUCACGCCUGAGGACAGUACUGAGAAGCCCUAUGUCGCCAUCCUCAAGGAUAUAACAGAAACUGAGGGGAGCCUAUAUGUAACUGGCCAAUGGUUUUAUAGACCAGAAGAGGCUGACAAAAAGGAGGGUGGAUGCUGGGUAGCACGAGAUACACGAGAGCUAUUUUACAGUUUUCAUAUUGAUGAUGUGCCUGCAGAAUCAGUUAUGCACAAAUGUGUGGUCCAUUUCAUUCCUCAGCACAAGCAGAUUCCCAGUCGAAAGCAGCACCCUGGAUUUAUUGUCCAGAAGGUCUAUGAUGCAGUUGAGAAGAAACUGUGGAACCUAACAGACAAGGACUAUGAGGAUAACAAGCAACAAGAGAUUGAUCUUCUUGUUAAGAAAACAAUAGACCGUAUUGGGCAGCUUCCCGAUCUCGAACCUGAAGAGACACCUCUUGAGAACAAUCAUUUGUCAAAUAAACGAGGCCUGCGUAAGAAACCUGUUAACCCUAUAGAUGUAACAAGAGAACCUCCAGUUGGCAAAUCCGAGCAGUUUGCAAAAGCAGAGACACCUGGAAGUGAUAAGCUAAGGAAUUAUGAUAUCCUUGUUAGGUAUAAAGUACUUACAGGUUGUACUUAUCGUGAUAGGUGGCUUGAUAAAUUGGUAGAAAGUAUUCCGCUUGCAUCAAAGGAGAAUGCUGGAACCUCUGCUGACGCUGAUUCUACAGCCAAAAGUUCAAUCAAUGGUUCACCUGCAAAGGAUGUUGGUUCUGCUGAAAAUGAAAAAUCAUAUGGACUUGAUGUUGUUGUUGAGAUAAUGGUUGCAUUAGAAAGAUCUGCAUUUGAAGCUCUUGGAACAGAUUUUGGGAAAUAUAACCAGAAACUGCGACAACUACUGUUCAACAUCAAGAAUAUCUCUAAACUUCGCAGGAGGCUGAUGGACAAGGAGCUUGAUCCUCCUGCUCUUUUAACCAUGUCCCCAGAUGAAUUAAAGGCUGGCUUGACUUCAGCAGAGAAAACAUCUGAACCCGAAGAAUCAAGGAAAUUGCAGAUGACUGAUAAAAGAUGUGAAAGAUGCAGUGAGAAGAAAGUUGUCAUAUCUAAUAUUAUCCAUGCAGGUCAUGGAGACCGCUAUCAGUUGGAAUGUACUUCCUGUGGCUUCACAUGUUUUUCGUCCAGAGAUGCCAUUACAACACUGACAGAGGAUGCCCCAAGCACUGCUGGGAAUGUGGGUACCGCCCCUUUGGCAACAGCAAAGUUUGAGGUCGUUGAGAAGAAGCUCAUGAGCCCACGGGACCAAUCCGGCAAGCCUGCUUCUGAUGCCCUCCAGAAGAGCACUGCAGCUUACAUGCCAACUGUGGAGAGGCAGAAGUCGUUUGUUAAGCCCAAGCUGGAUGAACCCUCCCCUGCACCAAAACAGAUGUAG